CCCUCCCACCUCGCCAUGCUGGUGUGGUGGCCGCCCCACACCUCCACCUCGACCUCGCCUCGAUCCGCUCCUCCCUCCACCACCCGCGGCGCCAUGACCCCGUAGCCUACGGUGCUACGUAGCAGCAAAGAACCAUGGGCCGGUCAAGAGGCAAGGAUGGCGGGAGGUCGUUCCCGUCGCCGGCGUCGUCCUCGGCGUCGUCGUCGGAGUUCGAGUUCACGGUGACGCUGUCGCCGGCGUCGAAGCAGCGGUCGGCGGCGCAGCUGUGCCCGGCGGACGAGCUGUUCUACAAGGGGCAGCUCCUGCCGCUGCAGCUGUCGCCGCGCAUCUCCAUGGUGCGCACGCUGCUGCUGUCGUCGGCGUCGACCUCCUCCGCCUCCGCCUCCGACUCCACCUCCAACUCCUCCUCCCGUGACUCCAACGGCAGCACGUCUUCGUCCUUCUCCGCCGACUGCGCCGCGCUGCUGCUCCCGGACUCCGCCGCCUCCUCCUCCCGGCCCAGCUCCGCCACCGAGGACGACCGACACCUCAACCCGCCGCCCCCGGGGGUGGCAGCCUCGUUCGCCGCGGGCCUUCCCCCGGCCAAGCGCACCGGCAAGCAGUACCUCUCGUCGUUCGCCACCCGCUUCUCCUCCGUCUUCCACCGCGGCGGCGCUCCUGCCGCUGCCGCCGCCGCCAAGAAGCCGUCCAAGUCGCUCGCCAAGGAGGUGAUCAAGAAGUACGCCAAGAAGGUUAAGCCGCUGUAUGAGAAGCUCUCUCAGAUCCCCAAGAACCAGAACAACAGCAACGGCGCCGGCGCCGGCAACGGCCAGCCACAGCCGCCGGCGCAGCAGCAGCAGCAGGGGUUGAAGAAGCCAUUCAGCUUCUCGAUGCGCAAGAAGCGCGGCGACGACGACCACGCCGCCGCGGCCGCGGCGGCCGUAGCUGCGGAGGCGGGCGCCAAGUACGCACACUCCAACUCGUUCUCCGGGAACCUCCGGUUCCCGCGCCAGAAGCGGUGCGCGGCGAGCUGCCCCUCCUCGAUGCGCUCUUCGCCGAGCCACUCCGGCCUGCUCUCCUUCGGCGGCGCGGGCGGCGUCGGUUUCCCCGACGUGCCGGCCGCCGCGGCGGCGGCGAUGUCGGGCGGCAUUAGCGUGGGUCCCGUCUCAUUGUCCACGGCGUCGUCGAUGGAGGAGCUGCAGAGCGCCAUCGAGGGCGCCAUCGCGCACUGCAAGAGCACAAUGGGCGGCAGCGCGGUGUCCAUGUGCCCACGCAAGGCGACGGCGGCGGCGGCGGCCGCCGACGAGAUCUGCGCGUUCUGAGCGCGCGAACGCCACUUAGGAUUCGGGCGGGGACGAGCCAAGUAAGGCUGUUUAAUCGGUAGCAUUAUCUGUUAAUUUCAUGUGUUUUGUUAAUUAAUUUUAUGUCAUGGUAUAAGACUAUUAAGUAUGAUGAUGGUGGUAAAUAAGGGUAGUUUGAAGGGGUAAAAUGGUAUUUUGGAGCCUUUGGAAUUUUGGUAUCUCCUUUUCCCAAAAUUUGGAAUUUGCGUCGGCGCCCUCCAAAUAUUGCUUCCCAUUGCAUCAACAAAGGACAAAAAUUUAAGAAAUGCCAUGCCAUUAUGAGGCCAAUUAGCUUAAUGAACUAGUCAUUGGGUCAUAAGGACAGAUGACUUGAGUUGGAUAUUAAUUUCCAAAUGUCUUCUGUUUUGGAACUGCUAGGGUUUGAUAUGCAUGGCAACUUUUGCUAGAUAAACAACAAUUAGAACCUGCCUUUGAAAGGUUAUCUGGAUGGAACAUGCAUUUUUCCAAUUUGAAAUUUGCCAAUUAGGAUCCAUGAAAGUAGCUGGUCGAUCUAGUGAGUGUCCCUACAGGCUUUUGGAGCACAAAGCUGCCAACUUUUCAUGAUGGAGGGUGUUGAUGCAGAUUCCAUUGCCUGGAAAAGGGAUUUGCAAAGUUCCUUGAAGUUAAUUAGAUGGGUUUUGGACUCUGAUGUGGCAGCCUGAGCUAGUGCUGUCAUUUUCUUUUUGUUGUGAUUUUUGUCUCAACUGUCAAGACAAGUGUUUAUUAAGCUAAUUCUAAUAGUAGUUUGGCUUUUGUACUUUCA